GCGGUAAACAUUCAGCUGAAGCACGGCAGCUUGGGUGAAUCACUGUCAAAACUCCGCACACCUGGCACAAAACAUCCGAAUAAAAAGUAAUGUUAUGCUGUGCGCCUGCAUUGAUGCUAACUUGAAUGGUGCAUAUGCUUGUCUGAAAGUCUGACUUGUACACCGCUAGCUGGAUGUGAAAAUGAAUCCUCAGGAUCCCCAAAAGAUCAUUCUGAACAGCACAUGCACCGUCUCUCUGCAUGACCGCUUCACCAGUUUGCUGAAGCCUCUGCCGGCAGAUGUAAUGGACAUCACAGCCGCAGUGAACCAGCAGACUGCAGCCUCGCUGAAGAACCAGCGCCUGGCUCUGGAGAUGGCCAACAGACCUUCUGUGCUGGCCGCCCUUCAUAACACAUCUAAUAUAAAUAAUCAACUGUGCAAAGUGAGCAUGAAGGCGAGACUCGGCUGUCCCGUGGGGAGAGGGGGCACCAUGGGAUUGCGGGGGCAAAUGAGAGGAGGAGGCGGUGGCAGAAGAGGACUGGUCAAAGGAUUUUACACAAGGAAAAGCAUAAGAUGUCUGCGAGGGGUAGUCUCCUCUUUAGGUGUUCAGAAGGGGUGGAGCCAGCAACAGCGUGGAGGAAAUGUGAAUUGGACUGGACCAGUGGUAAACAGAGGUGGGGGAACCAUUAGAAAGACAGAAGGAAAUGCAGAGCGGCAGGUGCCACAUUCAGGAACAGCACAAGUUGGCGCCCGUUUUACGGCUGUCAGUAGGGCACAUUCAGGGUGCAGCCGGGCCAGAUUCGACAGCCACCAGAUUCCUUCUCGGGAGCAGUUGGAUGAACAACUGGAUGAGUACAUGUCCAUGACCAAGAGCCAUCUGGAUGCAGAGUUGGAUGCAUAUAUGGCUGAGGUGGAUUUGGGUGACCGUGUGUGAUUGAGCUCCACUGCAUAUUCCUUAGUUCAACCCUAACUAAUGGAGCAUGUAGUCUGACUUGCAGAUAGACUGCUCUGUUACAGGGCUAUUUGUCCUUAUUGAUUGACUCCAGCAGACUUGAACUAAUUGUAUAUAGUUGCUGCGUCCCUCAGAGCUCUGCUGCUUAGGAACCUUUGACUUCCAGUUUGUUACACUAAUUGAACAAUAAUUAUUUUUCCCCCAGUCUUACUGAACAAGAAAGAUUUGAAAGCUUUCCGAAGGCUUGUGCUGCAUUCUAGGAAAACUCUUUAAUAGUCCAGCAUGAUGUUGUUUCAGAGAAAACCGUUUCACUUUAUUUGAUAAUUAGUUCCAUUGAAUACUCGCAUUGAAUGGACAUGAAUCACCCCUCAGUUAAAAGUUUACUAUUUAAUAUUUUUAUUAGCUGUUUGCAGUUAGAAACAAAUGUGUUUAAUAGCCAACAUGACAUCCUUUUCCUUGUGUUUUAGUCGUAAAUUGAAUCAAGAAUUGUAUAACACAAAUAAUAAGAUUUCAAACUUAUUUGGGUUAUAACUGGUCUGUCGGAGCUACUUCAUGUGCCAAGCAUCUUUUCUUUUUCACAACAGGGUUUUGUAUCAUUCUGAUUUGAUUAGAAUAUGCAAGAUUGACUGUACACAUUUAUAUUGUUGGAUUAUGUGCUACAGGUGGUGAUUAAAAAUAAAUAAAAAAUUCAUGUGGAACUGUUUAAACACACUCCUUGUGGUGAUAGUUGGUUUUCCUAUUCU